AUGACGUCCCAAGUCUACUACCUCCGCACCUCCAUCCCCGCGAUCCACGACAUUACCAUCUCCGGGCCAUUCCACGUCCUGGAAGCCGCACUGCCCAACCUGCGCCUACGACUCGCCGAGUCCUCCGAGGCAACAGAGGUCUUCAACGCCGUCACGGAGAACGGCCGGCUGCUCAACCAAUUUUGUCAUGCUGGAUCCCAACGGCAACGAGAUGCCGCUGUAUUCACGGGAGGGUCCUGA